CGAAGCCAAAUCAUUCGCUGGAGGAAAAGACUGAAUUAGAGACCAGGAAGUGUUGACGCGGUUUGCAUCUGUCGGUCAUUCGAAGAAACAGUUACAAACAUUUUAACUCGGAAGGAUAAAGUGUAAAAGUUUUUUUUUUUCGUGGAGUAAAUUAAAACACCAAACAGUACAAUCAUGGGGUUGGCUGAUCCAAAUAAUACGGAGCCAAAAGAAGGAGAGUCUUCACAGGAUGCGGAUCGAGUUAAAGCUCUGCAGUCUCAAGUGGAUGGGGUCAAAGACAUUAUGACCCACAAUGUAGAUCGGAUCCUGGCCCGUGGAGAAAGGCUGGAUGAUCUGAUGGGCAAAUCUGAAGACUUGCAAGCUGGGGCUCAGAACUUCAGGCACACAUCUCAGAAGGUUGCUCGUGCCUACUGGUGGAAGAACGUGAAGCUGAUUGUGGUUAUUGUUGUGAUAGUCCUCAUCAUUGUUCUGAUUAUCAUCUUCCUUGCUACUGGUGUGAUCCCGACCAGUUCACCCGCACCCAAACCCACACCACCAUAGGAUUUUUAUCAGUUACAAACACAUAGAUAUAUGCAACCAUGUCCACACACCAACACAAGUCAAAACUUCAGGAAUUCCCACAUAACACACACAUGCCUUUUAUUUGCACAUUUUGCUUACAUACCUUCUUAUCUCACAUAACCCCUUAUAAUGAGCAGCUUUCAUAAUGACAGCUUCGAAAACCUUGAAGUGGAGGAUUUAAAAAAAAGUCUGUUGACAAAAUGCUGUUUUUGUACUUCUCUCCUCCUGAAAGAUCAUCCUAGUGACCACUUCAGCUGUCUUUAUGGUUCUCUAAAGCCUGAUUAAAUGCCACAGCUGUAUAAAAGUACUUGGAAUAUUGUUCAUAAUGAAGGUACCCUUGAAAUAGACAUACACUGGCAUUGAUCCAGGGAAGGUUAUGGGUGAAAGUUCUAUCUAUUGAAUUAUGAAGUAUAUUUAAGACUAGAUUAGAUCACAUAAGAUGUUACUUGUAAUGGAAAACGUUUAGAUCUCGAAGUGUCUCUAUUUUGUAUUUGAUAGGUUACUGUCUUUGUGCUUUUACCCAUGAUUGCUAUUUGUAAAGGUCAAACAAAAAUGUGUUUACAACUGUUGCAAUAGACAAACACACCAUUUCAUUGAGGAAAUUAUAAAAUUGUUAGAUGUUUGGAGUAAGUUUUUCUGUCUUACAUUGGCAGUGCCCCCUAACUUCAAAACAGAGAAACUGAUUUUCGUCCUAUAGAAUAAAUAAACAUGUUUAAUGGAACAAGAGCACCUGAACAAGGUCAUUUAGAUGGGAAAAAUUUAGAUAGGAACAAUGGAUAUUUUCCAUAUUCUCAUAAAUCACUGCAUUGAAUUUGACAUGCAGUGUAACACUUGCACUGUACCACAUGCAGUCAGUACUGUAAUCAGAAUAUUAAUGUACUGCAUCAAAAGUUUGGCCUUGCACUGUGGGAGCUUUCCAAAAGUCAAGACGCAUACCUUUUUCUUGUUUCAUAAACAGAGAAAGGAGGAAUGUUUUAGAGCCUGUACUGUACUUUUCAAGUUGCAGUUUUUACAUAUCUCAAAUCAGCCAAUGAAAAUCACUUUUCUGAAUGUUAUUGUUGGCUGAUCUUAAAUUAGUCUGCUGGGUAGCUUUUUGCACUUUGCUUUGGAGAGGUCAAGACACUGGAUGUCUGUAUGUAGUCAGAAUGACUUGACUGUUUGAAUGUUUGUUAACCUAAGUCUUAUUAUGCUAUGUUUCUUGUUGCUUCCAUUAACAUCUUCCUGUAUGUAAAAAUAGGAGGGUUUUAAGCAUUUUAUGUAUUAUUCUCCCUGAUUAAACAAACCUUUUAAUCAAAGAAAACAUUUCUGAUGAAGACACUGAAUCAUUUGUUAAAUCACCUACUACAAGUAAUAAUUUAAAAACUCAUUAAGUGCCUUGGAUUUGAGUCUUAUUUAGCAUAAACAGCCUGUAAUAUCUGGGAAAUGUGAUAUUUUGUAAAUAAAGAUUUGAUCUCUCAGUAAAACG